CAUUGCUCUUCCUUCUCCUAAGGAAUACCUGUGGUCUGACUCCACCUACGACAGGAUGGAAUGCUGUCCCUCUACCAACUGAUGAAAGCAUAGAGGCUGAUCUGAUUCGAGUGAGGCUUUGUCGAAAUAACAUCAUUCAUGAUUAUAGCGUAAAGGCAGAACUCUCUGAUGCUGAUUUUGAAACCCACUGGGCUAAAAUUGAGGCAGCAAUGAUAAGACUUGGAGGAUUGCAGUAUGAACCAGAAAUCCAGCGUCUUAAAAUCGGGUCAAUUGAUCCAGAAAAUGAAACCUACCUAAAUAUUCUUCUUCAAUCUUGGGAAGAAGGCGAAGAAAAGAAAAUGGAAAUCAUCAUACAAAAGCUAAAUAAGUUAUCAAUGCAAUUACCUUCUAAAAAUGAAAGUCUGCCACAGUUUUGCAUUCUGCCUCAGAAACCAUCUCAUCCAACUAUCAACCGUACCAGUGAAGUAACAGAGAUAAUGUCCAACAUACAGCAACUUAAAGCAAUGUUUCCACAUGAAAUCACCGUUACGUAUUUGUCUGGUAAUCCUGGUUGUGGGAAAAGUGAGAUUGCGAGGCAGAUUGGAGAGAAAUAUUUUGAAGAUCUUGAGGAAUCAGCCAAGUGCGUAUCGACUCUGAACGCAUCCAAUCUUGAAACCUUAACUCUAUCAUAUAUCGAUCUGGCAAGAAACCUUGGAUGCAGCGAAGAAUCCAUAGCAUCAAUCAAUACCAUCACCUCUCAAGAACACAAACUCGCUCAACUACGAGGAAAUGUCUCCAUACAACUGCACAGCUACACCUCCUGGCUGAUGAUUGUAGACAAUGUGGAAGAUCUUCAACUAGUUUCAAAGUUUCUCCCUCAUGCAGGCGAAAAUCUGCAACACAGUAAAGGCCAUAUCCUAAUAACAACGCAAGACAGCCCGUCAAUACCAUUGCGUGAUCCACAUGCACAUCAUAUGGCCUUAAGCCGUGGUAUGGAACUCGAGGACGCAGUGGAAUCAUUGCGUGAAAUUUCUGGAUGUUCUAACAAAGAAGAAACUAUGAAUGCUGUUGCUAAGCAGCUUGAUUUCCAGCCUUUAGCUCUCGCUUGUGCAGCAGUAUACAUUCAAGAAGUUGGAAUUGUAGAUCCUACAAUGACAUGGGAAAAAUACCUUCAGCACAUCCAAAAAUCCAAUAUUGAGUCAACUGAAAGAAUGUAUGAAGAAAUCAACAACUCGUAUAAAAAGUCGAUGACAACAGCUGUAAAGAUGGCAGUUCAAAAUGUCAUAGAGAGAAGUCCAGUAAUGCUCCAUGCUUUUGAAUUCYUGGCUGCUUUGGCUYCAGAGUUCAUAUCGUUAGAUGAUGUUGUAAGUUAUGUGAUGAAAUGUAUGCCUAACGAAGCCGACAAAAAUUUAUUGGCAAGAAAGAUAAUGAAGUCCUCACUCGUCCUUACGUCUGAGAAUACAGUUGAACCAAUGGUUCGUGUCCAUCAAGUUGUUUUCAAAGUUGUUCAAUCAGUAGUCCAAGAAUUACACAGCGAAGAAGAAGAUGAAUUGUCGUAUCUAACAAAAGUGAUUGAAGUGUUUUCAUAUCUUGACAAAAUGGAUAAAAAUAGCAUUGAUUACAUCAAAUCUACAGGCAAACUUGUUGUGCACGUGGUAAGUUUGUCUUACAAAGUAAAAAUGUUUUUCGAGCGACGCCAAAUUUUGCUUUCGGCAGAAAAGGACAAGUAUGGAGUACGCUACCAAUUAAACAGAACGAGUACGAGUCAAUAUCUACAAGUAAUGACACUAUUGAAGAAUCGUCUGUAUGAAGUUUUGAGAGAACAGCAAAAGUAUGAUAUAUGUAGAAGUCUGCUAGAAAUAUGCAUGUCACUUACAAUUACAAAAUCUGACACUACGAAGAACGAGGUCGACACGAAAACUUCAGACGAGCACAUGUACAAUGCAAACAACAUUAAAGAGCAACUAUGGUUCUUUAGCGAUUUGGGAUUCACAUUAAAAAACCUUGGUGAAUACCGUGAAGCAAAGGAGUGUUAUGAAAAAUCUCUAGAAAUGGCCAGGAUGACCUACGAAAACACUCACACUGAAGUGGCUACAAGUUUAAAUAACUUAGGAACAUUGCUGUCGCACCUAAACAAAUUUGUAGAAGCCAAAGAAUAUUUUCAAAAAGCGAUCGCUAUCUACAAAAGCACGUACGGAGAAAAUCACCCAUCAGUGGCUACAAUUUUAAGUAAUCUAGGAUCAGCAUUGAGUAAUCUUGGAAGUUACAAAGAAGCAAAGGAGUAUCACGAAAAAGCACUUGCCAUAAGAAAAAGCACGUACGGAGUCAAUCAUGCUGAAGUGGCUACAAGUUUAAAUAAUCUAGGAUCAUCAUUGAGUAAUCUUGGAAGCUACAAACAAGCAAAGGAGUGUCUCCAAAAAGCACUUGCAAUCGCCGAAAGCACGUAUGGAAACAAUCACAGCCAUGUGGGUACAAUACUAUCUAAUCUGGGAGUAGUAUUGAGUGACAGUGGGGAAUAUAAAGAAUCAAAGGAUUGUAUAGAAAGAGCCAUUGACAAAACACUACUUGACGAGAGUCAUACUUCUAUAGGAAUUUACUUAUAUAACCUGGGCCUUUCACUGCACGCUUUGGGCAUCAACGAGGAAGCCAAAGAUGUUUUUGAAAGGUCACUUACAAUCCUUGAAGCUGCAUAUGGUGAAGACCAUCCACGAGUAGCAAGAACAUUAAAUGGCCUGGGAGAACUCCAGCUGGAACAGGGAGAUAACGAACUAGCCAAACUGAAUUUUGAAAGAGCAUUAGCUAUCAAUGAAAAAUCAWUAGGUGCACUUCAUCCUGAUUUUGCUAUGACUCUGAACAACCUUGGAAAACUCUCUGAAAAUCUUAAUGAAUAUGAACAAGCCAAAGCCUACUUUGAAAGAGCACUGAAAAUCAACGAAGAAGCAUUACAUGGAAGCCAUCCUAAAAUUGCCAUUAUUUUAAACAACCUUGGACAUCUCUUGGUCAAACUGAAGAAAGAUGAAGAAGGGAGCCAUUGCUUGGAAAGAGCGCUUGCUAUCAAGGGAAAGAAUCCAGAUUACGCGUUUAAGUUUUAAAGGACUUAUUAUGGCAAUGUUCCCAUCAUAAUCCACAAAGUAAUUAACUUUUAGAUGUCGGAAUUUCACUUGUUGCUGGUAAAAAAUUAUAUUGAAAACAAUAGGGUUCCCUACAGCAGAAUAAGCAGCCAGUUGUACUCGCUGUUAUGUGGAGAGCGAUAUCUCUCAGAAGAGUUCAUAAAUCUACUUGUGAGCUAUUACUGUGACACAGCAAGCAGUAGUACUGAAAGAUGCAGUAAUAUUAUUCUACCUUCAUUUCUUUCGACGGGAUUUGUGUCUGAAAGCCUUGUACAGUUCGGUUGAAACGAGAUUCUUGCCUGUGCAUAUGGAUUUUUGUCAUUCGGGGCCGUCUUUAAAAUCCAUAACACCAUUUAUGUAUCAAUGAACUGUGUCUUUACCUGGCAUUUUAUUACUCCACGCUUCCUUGCCUAUUUAAUCUUCAAGCUUUCAACUGUUCAUCGUGAUUGCUGACAUUCCACCAAUAAU